AGCUCGGAAUAAGAUUUGACCUAGGCUGUCGACUGAAUGUCAUUCAUAGCUUCUAUCAAAUCACAACAAGGCCAGUGGCACAGGUGUUAGGCCUAGUCAGUUUGCAUGAUAACCUGUGGUAUUGGACUGACCAGACGUGUUGUCGAUUCCAACAAGGUAGCAUCAUGAAAUCAAUGAGAGUUGCACAUUUCCUGGUGAGGAGGGGUCUGCAUACGAGUGCACGGACUCUAGGGGUCUUUCCUCCCCCAGAACACUUGGCUAAGCCUUUGGACUUCCCUCAUAAACUGUUGAUGGGACCUGGGCCUUCCAAUGUGCCCCCAAGGAUAGCAGCGGCUGGAGCUCUGCCAAUGAUUGGUCACUUGCAUCAGGAAACAUUUAAGAUCUUGGAUCAAAUCAGAGAGGGCCUCCAGUACAUGUUCCAAACCAGGAAUCCACACACAUUAGCAAUAUCAGGCACUGGCCAUGCUGCCAUGGAGACGUGUGCCGUCAACAUGAUUGAGAGGGGUGAGGUGGUGACAGUGUUCGUGCAGGGCCUGUGGGGUGAGAGGUUCUCCGAGAUCGCCAAGAGAGCCGGCGGGGAUGUCCACGAUAUCGUCAAAGAUUAUGGCGAGUCUUUCACACCAGAGGAGGUUGAAGCUACACUAAUGAAGCACAAGCCAGCUGUGAUGUUCAUCAGCCACGCGGAGUCCUCCACAGGAGUUCAUCAGCAUAUAGACAAGCUCGGCAAGAUAUGCAGAAAACAUAACGUGAUCUUGAUGGUGGAUGCCGUAGCAUCAUUAGGCGGAGAACCGUUCUUCAUGGACGACUGGGAAAUCGAUGUUGUGUAUACCGGUUCUCAAAAAGCUCUAAACUGCCCUCCAGGCGUUGCCCCGAUAUCAUUUGGUCCCCGUGCUGUAGAAAAAUUCAACAGAAGAAAAACGAAGCCACAGUCGUUUUACUUUGACCUUGGUCUUCUAUCAAAUUACUGGGGUAUCACACCUGGGCCGAGGUUGUACCACCACACCCCACCACUGACACUCCUGUUCCAGCUACGUGAGGGCAUCGCCAUGGUAGCAGAGGAGGGUCUUGAGGCAGGUUGGGAGAGACAUAAACAAUUCACCAAACUCUUCCAAGAAGGACUUGCUAAAUUAGGACUAAGUCAUUACAUAGAUGAUCCAGCCGAUCGAUUAAAUACCGUCACUUCAAUCCGUAUUCCUGACGAUGUCAACUGGAAAGACGUAAUGGCUUACGUUAUGGAAAAAUACAAAGUUGAGGUCAGUGGUGGACUGGGAAAAACUGCUAACGUUCUUGCGCGGGUUGGUCACAUGGGCCGCAACGCCACCGAUGAGAACUGCAAUAUGGUGCUGGGUGCUUUAGGAGAGGCUUUGGCAGUCUUGAGAGAAAAGAUAUAAACACAUUGAUACUAAGUAGAGACAUUCUAAUGUAACAAUGGUUUGUACGCAGCGUCUAGAUGAAGAAUUCCUUAGAUGACAGACCUUGACUUGCUGUAGAAUCCACCCCUGAAUUCAUGGUUUGAUGUGGAUAUCGAGGGCUGUCCACGUAGCAUGUACACACAAUGUAUAGCACCCUCCUCUACCCAUGCCUGCAUGCAUCCACUAGAGCCCUCACCCUUCUGUAAUGACACAGUGAACCUAUCUGUACUUGAUGUUAGCCCAUGCCUGCAUGCAUCCACUAGAGCCCUCACCCUUCUGUAAUGACACAGUGAACCUAUCUGUACUUGAUGUCAGCCCAUGCCUGCAUGCAUCCACUAGAGCCCUCACCCCUUCUGUAAUGACACAGUGAACCUAUCUGUACUUGAUGUUAGUUGAUGGGGAGAUUGAGAUCAAGCACUUAUCACCAAUACUUAUACGUAGACAAAUAAAGGAACAUAACAUUCCUCCACUUUCUACAGAGUUUAAUCCGUUGAGUUGCUGUUCUCAACCUCCCGAUCAACUCCAACCUAAACGGCUCAUCUAAGAGUGACGUGUUGGAUACUGAUAUCCUCUCUCCUCCACCAUGUGACUUUAGUCACUGCGAUGUGAGACUUGACCAGUCAUUUUAAUUCAACCAUGCGGUGGCCGCACUCCAACCUCAAAUAUCAUUGUUCCUUCCAUUGGAGGUCUGUCUUCUCCCUUUAAGAGGUGGUACUGCAGUACAGGGUGUUUCAAAUCAGGGCAGAUAGAGUCACUUUCAGGAACAAAGAAAAACUGGGAGAUUAGGAGACUAAAUAUUGUGCCAGAUUUGAGUUGUAUCUUUGACCAAUAAUCAAUGCCUUAUGGGUCACAAGGUGGUUGCCAUCAUUUUGACACGCCCUGUAUCACAUGAAACUAGAGAUCAAUGAAAGUUAUAUUGUGUGUUUGAAUGAAUACAGCAAGAAGAAGGUCCAGCCUCAGGGGGUGACAAGACUUACACGGCACGACAGCAUUUUCUGCUGAUAAUCACUGCACCUUUGCAGUGGCAAGUAAAUUAAAUAUUGACGCAAUUGGCCACAAUCUGUCACUGGCGAAACACUGCUAAGUAUACAAAUCAUCACACCUGUUCAACAAUUUUGGUCAAAAUGUACUAUUUUAUAAAAGGGCCAUUUUGCAACUGGUCCAGUUGUUGUAUUCCAUGCAUUCAACUAAACACACAUUGCUCAAGUCAAUGUACUGUAUCUGUAUUGGUUAUUGUUUGGAGUCCAAAUAUAAGAUAAAAGCAUUU